AUGCCUUCUCCAUUAAAAUUCGAUUCUUUCUUCCAUAAAAGACUCUGAAAGAUACUAAACCACAAGUGCACGUACGUACUGAUGCUCCUUGUUCUUCUCUUCUUCACAUUCUUUCUCAACAUUCUUAGUAGCAGUCUGUUGAGGCUUGAGCAGUAUACUGGUUUCAUUUGUUGACCUUCAUCAGUUCUUGAAGUGUAUGGAACGCAAGCUUCAUGCUGGUAUGAGUAAUUAAUGAUUAAUGUUUUAACAAAUAGAAUAACUGAAAUCCUAUUGUCAAUGGAUAAGAAAGAAACAAGUGCUAUUAGUUUGAGGGCUUGGGUGGACAAGGAGAAGAACAAAAUUGUUUUUGUUGAAUCAGAUGAGGACUUUAUUGAUGUUCUCUUCAGUUUCUUGACAAUGCCAAUGGGUACAAUCAUCAGGCUCAUCCGUAAGCAGCCACCUAGCGUGGGGUUAGGUUGCCUUAAAAAUUUGUAUGGAAGUGUUGAGAAUCUUGGUGUGCAGCAAUUUCAAACUGCAGUAUGCAAGAACAUGUUGCUGUACCCCAGAAAUGGAUCUGCAGCUCAAUGCGAGAAACUGAAAUUGAAGAUUGAUGAUGGUCAAACCCUGAAGUACUUUCUUUGCUGUAACAAAUUAUGCACCCUUUCUGGCUACAAGUUAUUGAGUCCUUACAGCGAUGCCAUUUGUGAUUGCCAAGAGCACAUAAAUCGCGAGGUUCAUCUGUUGGAGACUGAAGUAGCUGAGCUAUUGCCAUCAUGUACCCUAUACGAUUACGAUUAUAAUGGGGUGUUUGUCAGAGAGCAAACGAGAUUUAUAAUAAGUGAUGAAUUGCAAGUAUUGCCCUCGUGUACUGAAUCUCGCCUUUCUUUACUUUCCAAGCUAGUUGGCUCAGACUGGAGCACCAUUGAGGAACGUAAUUUCGACAUAGGUGUAGAUGAGGUUUUGACUUUGCUCAAGUUCGCUCUAUCAGAGACACCUUUGACAGAAACUCUGUUGAAGAAUAGUCUAGCAAAUGAAUUGGGCAAAGAAGAUUUUCAUCAGGGCGGCUAUGUCAAAUCUAGAAUGGAAGAACCAGCAUCAAAUGUGAAUAAGAAAAUUCAUGUCAAGCUUAUAACUAGCAAAUCCUGGAAGAUGGUUUGCUAUGCAGAAGCAGGGGAAGAUUUUGUUGAUUUAUUAUUCAGUUUCCUCACUGUUCCACUUGGGCAUGUGGUAAAGGAAAUGCACAGCAGCAUUUCCAAAGGAUGUAUAAAUCACCUAUACAAUAGUGUUCACGAACUAGAUGCUGAGAAAUACCUAAAAUCAAAUGAGCACAAGGCAAUGCUAGUCAAUCCAAAACUUGCCCCUGGGUUUAGCUAUGAGAACAAUCCACUUGGCAUUGAGGAAGAUAUACACCCGCCAUAUUACUACGCGCAGAAGAAAAAUGAAUUUGGAGAUUGGCAUGAUAUAUUGUCUUAUGAUAAAGCUCGUCUUUCUUCUUGGAUACAAUGUUAUUCACAAGGGAGUACAAUUUCAACAUUAACUGUCAAGGAAACUACAAGAAGAGGAUUUGCAAAGGGACCGGCAAUGUUCACCAUAACAGACAAGUUGAUCAUAACACCUAUAUCCUCAAUCUCAUGUCUGUCUCUUCUGAGCAAAUUGGAUAAACCUGUUGCUGACAUUGAGGAGCGUGUUGUGCAUGUGGGCUGUGAGGAGGCCUUGCGUCUUAUGGUGGCUUCUUUUGUGUCUGAAUCAGUUCUAACUGAUGCCUUUCUUAGAGAUCCAAAUCCAGAACAUUGAGGACAUCUUGGUUCACCUACUAUGAAAGAAUAUGUUAUCUUAUUAGGUGUUUCAGAAUGGGAUUUUGUAAUUGAAACCCUGGUAUUGUUCUUUCAGUGGGAUUGCAUUAUCAUAUAUAUACAUGUACAUAAAUUAAAGCAUUGUAUUAGGGUUUGCUUAUUAGUUUUUCUGAUAUUUAACAAGUAAUACCAUUAGAAGCAAAACACAUGAACUAGGCCAUUCAUAUAGUAUCAGAGUGAUUACAAUUGCUAUUCAAUAACACUACGGACACCGAAAUA